GAAACCAGCUGAGGUGUCAAUUUUGUGCGUCUCUGAAGAAGAGCUACUUCCGGCGUUAAAGACACGGUCUAUAGUGCGAUCUUAUUUCGGCUGCCCGCUGAGAACCACGUGUUUCCCUGAUAAGACUGGACGCUGAAACCCGUUUCACACUAGUAGAACUGUAGAAGAUGGGCUGUGUUCUCUACAGGGCUGUCCCUUUGUAGCGUCCCGCCACCUGUGGUGUAGGCUUGCAGCACUGGGGUCUUUAAGCGCAACAGGCUAACGGCGCUUUGUCAGUAUUAACAGGUGUUUCUUAGCUCACGCACGUACGUUUGGAAAUGUUCGUUGUACACAAGGGGGCAUUUACCCUGCAGGGGCGUUUGACUGCAGUGAGCUCCACCUUGACCAGUGGUGUGCGCGUCUCCUCUGUCCAGUCGAACAUGCUGAAUGGCAUUGUGGGACAGACGGUCAUGUUCCCGGCUGCAGUGAAGGAGAUCGACUACAUUUUCAAAGAUGGCAGCGUAAUUGCGAAGGUGGUCAAUCAGACCAUCCAGCUCAUCAAGGACAGCUACGGCACCCGGCUGCAGUGGAACAGCAGCACUGGACUCUUCUCCUUGUCUGACCUGAGGAGGGGGGACUCUGGAGGGUACAGGGUACAGCACAAGGAUGGCAAAACCGAUGACUACCAGCUGGUUGUGUGGGAUCCAGUACCCAGACCACAGGUGUCCAGCAGGAACAAGAUGAAACCCAACUGUAGUGUGCUGUGCUCUGUGGAGAAUGGGAGAGAGGUCACCCUGUCCUGGAAAAGAGAGGGGCAGACACUGUCCCACACCAGCAGCCCUAAUUUCAGCUCCCCCUUGUCCCUCCCUCUGGAGAUAGAAAUGAACAGCGCCCCCUACAGCUGCGUGGCAACAAAUCCUGUCAGUAAUAAGACUGUCACAGUCAGACCUGAAGAGCACUGCUUCGAUCCAGUACCCAGACCACAGGUGUCCAGCAGGAACAAGAUGAAACCCAACUGCAGUGUGCUGUGCUCUGUGGAGAAUGGGAGAGAGGUCACCCUGUCCUGGAAAAGAGAGGGGCAGACACUGUCCCACACCAGCAGCCCUAAUUUCAGCUCCCCCCUGUCCCUCCCUCUGGAGAUAGAAACGAACAGCGCCCCCUACAGCUGCGUGGCAACAAAUCCUGUCAGUAAUAAGACUGUCACAGUCAGACCUGAAGAGCACUGCUUCGAUCCAGUACCCAGACCACAGGUGUCCAGCAGGAACAAGAUGAAACCCAACUGCAGUGUGCUGUGCUCUGUGGAGAAUGGGAGAGGGGUCACCCUGUCCUGGCACAGAGAGGGGCAGACAUUGUCCCACACCAGCAGCCCUAAUUUCAGCUCCCCCCUGUCCCUCCCUCUGGAGAUAGAAACGAACAGCGCCCCCUACAGCUGCGUGGCAACAAAUCCUGUCAGUAAUAAGACUGUCACAGUCAGACCUGAAGAGCACUGCUUCGAUCCAGUACCCAGACCACAGGUGUCCAGCAGAAACAAGAUGAAACCCAACUGCAGUGUGCUGUGCUCUGUGGAGAAUGGGAAAGAGGUCACUUUGUCCUGGCACAGAGAGGGGCAGACACUGUCCCACACCAGCAGCCCUAAUUUCAGCUCCCCCCUGUCCCUCCCUCUGGAGAUAGAAGAGAACAGCGCCCCCUAUGGCUGCAUGGCAGCAAACCCAGCCAGCAAUGAGACUGUCACAGUAAGACCUGAAGAGCACUGCUUCGAUCCAGUACCCAGACCGCAGAUGUCCAGCAGAAACAAGAUGAAACCCAGCUGCAGUGUGCUGUGCUCUGUGGAGAAUGGGAGAGAGGUCACCCUGUCCUGGCACAGAGAGGGGCAGACACUGUCCCACACCAGCAGCGCUAAUUUCAGCUCCCCCCUGUCCCUCCCUCUGGAGAUAGAAAUGAACAGCGCCCCCUACAGCUGCGUGGCAACGAACCCUGUCAGUAAUAAGACUGUCAUCGUCAGACCUGAAGAGCACUGCUUCGAUCGAGACAUUCGCAGCCUUCUGGUAGCUGGGAUUGAAGCCUUUAUUGGGAUUUUAUUCAUUAUUCUAAUGGGCACAUACGUCUGCCUUCUGAUAAGGAGCAACACACCUGGAAGUUGAGCGCCCAAGAUGUAGCUCGCUGCUACACACAGAUCCUGGACAUCUGUUGGAGGACCCUGAAGCUGAAGUUGAGGUCGUGAAAACAAAAUGGUGGACGGCAACACCAGAGCGCUGAUUGGAGUAUCAGCAUAAACUUGACAUGAAAGAUGGCACAUUAACAUGUUUCACAUCUUCCGUUGCUGUGCUGUUGAUGUAUACCAGCAAAAAGACUGUAUAAUUACAAUCUGACUUUCACUGUAAUGCUUUCAGUUUGAAGUGACAGUUUGAGGUGUAACAUAAUGACAUACCUGAUUAAGCCGUGACAGGCCAUCAUUGAAAUUAAGAGCUGUUUAUUGAAUGACAAUAUUGCCCUUUUAUUACUAGGGGGAGACCAAGUUUAAGAUCUGCACAGCUGGCCCUGUCUUAGGGGAGAGGCUUUGGCUUUGACAUUAAUGCCUGUAAUGACUGCUGAAUAGGGUCUCUCCAAAAAUCCUUGUGGUUCUUUUUUUGUUUGAACUUGAUCCAGGAGAGGUGCAUUUCAGGUGUCUGUUUUCAAAGUACUUGUUGUGUUUUGUCUCUUUAGUUUUUUCACACCAGAUGGGCUUUCAGCUUGUUUCUCCAGACUGUUCUCUCUGGUCAGCAGAUGUUCUUAUACACAGCAACUUACACAGGUUACAUUUAUACAUUAAAUCCACUUUUACUGCUGAAUACUGCACUGUCAUCCCUGUCAGUCCACUCCAGCCUCAGUGCUUUCAAAACUAUUUAUUUAUCAUACCUGCAAACUAGUCGCUUUUCGGCGAAAUUCGCCGUUUUGAAUCCAAAAUAGGUCAUUUGUGUGAUUCGUGUACAUCCGAUGAGUUUUUGAAAUUGGGGG